AUGUCACCCAACUCGAAGUGCGGCGGAGUCGGUCGUGUGUGCUCGCUGCAUGCUAUCGCUCGUGCGCUCUCGCCCGGCGCAAUUUCGCGCGGCGUCUUUUUGUGUAUUAGGAGUUGUUCGACGCGAGCGUCGUCCUUGCUGCGGCUUCCUUCCGUGGAUCGGGCCGAACCACCAUUCUUGGGCGCCGCCACGCGGGCCGAAGAAGCCCACGUCGAGGGGAAGAUGUCGCCGCUCUGAGGCUACGGAUCGCUUGCCACGACACAACGGAGACAUCCGAGCCCGCUCUCGCGCUUUCCGCGGGCUGAGCGCAGAUUUUGCACCUCCGACUGACCCACGAAUGCCGUUUGUCAAUGGUUUCGGCACGUAUCCUGUAUCCUUCGUGGCGACUCAAAAUGAACCUUUCAAGGACAUCGUUUGUUGGGCUUUUCGGUCCUUGCUCCUCGAAGAGAAACUCCAUGCAUUGAGUUACAUCGAUUAAUUUCAAUUGAUACAGUAGAUGGGACAGGUUUAAGCAGGCAGGAUGUCGGUACACUACAAGUUCAAGUCCACGUUGGAUUACGACACCGUAUCCUUCGAUGGGCUUCACAUAUCCGUGGCGGAUCUAAAGAAAGCGAUCUUCCAUCAGAAACGCAUCGGCAAGAAUACCGACUUUGAUUUACAGAUCACUAAUGCACAGACCAAGGAAGAUUAUACCGAUGAUAAUGCGCUCAUCGCAAAGAAUACUAGUCUUAUCGUAGCAAGAGUGCCUCUGACGGUCCAGCAGAAAAGAUCCUGGGAUCGCAAUGAACCUCCAACAUUUAGCAACUUAAAAGAUGAAUCCAACUUAGGCCGCACGGUUGACCUCACUCGCCUCGAUGGUUCAGAGGAGGACAAGAUUCGUGCGAUGAUGACGCAAUCAACCCAGGAUUAUGACCCAUCGAAUUAUAUGAAGAUCCGUGGUGCGAAUCAGACCGGUGAUGUGCCACCGAAUUAUCGUUGCUACAAAUGUCACCAGCCGGGACACUGGAUAAAGAACUGUCCUCUUGGGGCAAACCAGGAGCCGAUCGAGAUCAAGAAGAGCACCGGCAUACCUAGGAGUUUCAUGGUUCCGGUUGAGGGCCCUUUGGUACCUGGAGCCAUGAUGACUCCUACGGGACAUUAUGCAGUUCCUGCUAUUGAUCAUCAAGCCUAUAAGGAAGGGAAGAAAGAGAAACCUCCGUUCUCCCAGGAUCCAGAACCCAUUGUUGAGAAGCCGGAGAUUCCAGAGGACCUGCUCUGUAAUAUCUGUAAAGAUCUUCUGACGGAUGCUGUCAUGAUUCCCUGCUGUGGAAAUUCCUUCUGCGAUGAAUGUAUUCGUACGUUCCUAUUAGAGUCUGAAGAGCACGAAUGUCCAGACUGUAACGAGAAGGAUGUCUCACCGGAGACACUGAUUCCGAAUCGUUUCCUUCGGAAUGCUGUAUCCAAUUUCAAGAACGAGACUGGUUACGCGAAGAGACCGAUUUUUAAGAAGUUGGUGCCAAAGCCAAUAGCACCCGUACCCAUAGCGGAACCAAAGAUCGAGACCCAGCAAAAUACUGUGCAGUCGAUUAGUCAGAUCGAACCUAUUUCAUGCCAAAACACAGCUGUCGCGCCAAUGGAAGAACUGGAUCGACAGCCACCUCCUGUCGAGGCUCCCAUAUCGCACAGUGAUGUCAACGUCACGGUGCCCAUUACAACCGGCCUUCCGGAGACCACCUCGGAGUCGGACCUACAGAGCGACACGGUAACGAAGCUGACUACCGACGAGGAGACAGAGGUGCCACCUCCACCAGGCACCGAACCACUGUUGCCGAUAACUGCUAUCGGUAGCUCUCCGGAUAAGGAUCGCUGCGAUAGGGACUGGGACAGGGACCGGGAUAGGGAUAGGGAACGAGAUAGAGACAGGGAUCGCCUGCUUCUGGACCGGGAUAAGUGCGACAGGGAUGACUACGCGGUCGAUAGACACUCCAGGGAAAGGAGGCGCAGCUUCAGCAGGGACGGUCAUCGUGACAGGUCAGGAUAUAACCUCGACGAUCCGAAUGCAUUGCACAGAGUGACGGAUCAAUGGCAUUCACACCGAGGGGACUAUCCACCACCGGGAGGCCCCCUACCCCAUUUAAUGAACCCACCACCCGCCAAGGAAUAUCAGGGACAUCUGGGAGACGGACACUAUCCGCCGAACAUGCACUAUGACUCGGGUAUUCGGAGGGCCAGCGAAGACAGACCAGGCACUCCUACGGUGGACGAGCCUCAUCUUCAUCCACCCCCUUCUGCGAAGCAGCCACCCUUGUUGCCCUUUCCACCCGGAGAGGACCGAAUCCCUCCACCGAAUUACAACCAGCCCCCACCGGGCAUGCCUCCAUAUAAUGCUCCACUGUUGCCAUAUCCCUACAUGGGACAACGAGUGUCCAUGUACCCCUACCAACAGGGACCUCCUUAUGGUCCUCCGAGAUACCUCGAGAGACAUCCUUACCAGCUACCAGGCUACAGGCCCACGCAGCCCCCUCGAAAUUAUACCAAUCAGCCCAGACAAAUGCGAGGGAUACACCUCCUUGGCUAUCGGGGGCAUCGGCCACUUCCACCAGGUGUUUCAGUAAACGUUCUGAACGGAAACCCACCUGGCACAAUUCUCGAUCCACUGGAGGCCUUUGAACGCAUGUUGCGAGAGAAGGACGAGAGGGACAGGAGGCUAGGUAAGCAACGAAGACGAAGUAGAAGCCGAUCCAGGUCUCGCAGCUAUUCAAGGUCGAGAUCCAGAUCCUUCGGAAGAAGAUCUCCUCUGUCUCCGCGGAUCAGUAGAUCCAGAAGCCCUCCUCCGAAGAGGCGACCCUCCAGGUCGCCGCCUCCGUUGAGAGCGAGAAGUCGCACCCCGAAGAGACGAUCCAGGAGUGGCAGCUUCUCGAUCAGCAGAUCUCGAUCUUACUCUCGGAGCCAAUCACCGAGGGGCUCUCUGUCGAGGGACAGGGAUAGGGAGAGGGAUAGGGAGAGAGAUAGGGAGAGGGAUAGAGAUCGCGAUCGGGAUCGGGAUCGUGAUCUGCCUCCUAGGUACAGGUCGCCUCCUAGAUCACCACCAAGGUUCCAGCGAGAGAGGGACCGAGAACGAGACAGGCCCAGAUCGAGAGAGCCCCCUCGGGACAGCUGCAACAGCUACUAUAACGACUCGCCUGCCCAUGAUUAUCCGUUCCGUGAACGCGAACGAGACCUGCCACCCCGGGACAGGCCCCCGCCCAGAUUUCCCCCGAAGAAUCAAACCUCGCAACACAAUAUUCCACCGUUGUUGCCGCACCGUGGCUCCGGAGGCCACCCACCGCCACUCAUGUCGCUGGGACAUGGACCGCCGCCACCGGACAGGAAAGACUAUUAUGAUUCCUACAACAGAUAUUCCGGGCCGGCCUCGCAGCGCUUUUCGAGCCCCCACAGGGAACCGCCGACGAAGAGGUUCGACGACGUUGAGCCUCCGGGUACCGAGGCCUAUUACGAUCUGCCUCCACCUGGAGUCGAUCACUCCGAGAGGCCGGUCCGAGAGGACAGGCCCUCUCGACUCGGACCUAGAGACCAGGAGGAGAGAGACCAUCCCCCGAAGGAGCAGGAGGAGGACAGAGACCGCGCGCCUAGGGACGACCGAGUCCGAGAAAGAGAGGACCGCGCCAGAGAGAGAGACGACAGGGAACGAAGAGGUCCCGAUCGGGAGAGAGACGACAGAGAUCGCGCUCCACGUGACGACAGGAUGAGAGAGAAGGAUGAUCGGGAGCGCAGGGAGAAAGAGAAGGACAGAGGAGAAGAUAGACACGCUCGCGAUCGCCGAGAGGAUGAUCGACAGCCGGAGAAGAGAGACUACGAGAAGGAUCGGACGAGCAACGCGUACGGCUACAAGGAGGAGCGUCACCGGGUGGAGGAAAAGCCCCCACGUCCUCGAGACAGAGACCGCCGAGACCGGGACUACGACCCGGAGAAAGAGCGCGAGCGACACGAGCGAUACGAGCGUCCUCCCCCGGAGCGGAAACGCCCGGGUGCCGGCCCGACCGGAAGCGGCUUGACCCGGAAGAGCGCCAGCCCACCGUACAACCCGCGACCUAGGGCGGACUCCAAGGAGACGCCCGAACGCGCCAAACGGAAGGAGAAGGACCACGAGGAGGCGCGCGCCGACGAGCGGAAGAAGGAGAAGAAACCGAAGGAGAAGCGGCGCAAGAAGGACGGCGACGAGAAGGAGCGGAAGAAGAAGAAGAAGCGCGAGAAGAAGGCCGCGGCGGCGGCCGCAGCGCACAAGGACGUUGCGGAGGAACCCGGGAAAACGGAGCCGGCGGUCGCGACUUUGUCGACGACCUCCUCUGCUGCGGUCACAGCUGACACGGCGGAAUCGCUGGACGCGGUCGCGAGGAUCGAGCCGGCUGCCAGUCCGGUCGCUAGUCCCGCUCCAGGUCUUGCUACGAGUCCCGCAGAAAGUCGGCCGACUAAGGAGAAGUUCGAGACCAAGUUUGAGAACAAGUUCGAGAAUAAAUUCGAGAAUAAGUUUGAGAAUAAGUUUGAGAACAAGUUCGACGACAAGUCGCUGGCCAUGAACCCGGAGCCUCCGGACUUCGGCGGGGAGUGCGCCCGAGGUCGCAUCGAGGAAGCCGAGUUCGCGACCAACCCCCCUAAUCCUAAUUUCAAGCCCAUCCCGGAGCUGAAACCGGAAGGGAAGCGAGUGGUGGAUGGACUCUACGAGGGCCUGGAGGACGCCGAGAUCAGUCGCGCCGUGGCAGAGGAAUACGCGACGGGGAUGGCGCCAGAGGCGGUGAAGGAGGAGAAGGAGGAGAGAGGCGACGAGUUCCUGGCGCCGGUCCCGGAGCUCUCCAAGUGGGAGAGGGACGAAUCGGCGACGGAGAGGACGGGCCCCGCGGUGGAGUCGCCGCAGCAGGCUAAGCCCUCCACCGAGGAGGAGGGCGCGUCACAGAGCGCGAGACCAUCGGGGAAGGUCGUCACCUCAGAGGUGAUUAAGCGCGCCGAGAACGCGAUAUUCCAAAAGGCUAUCAACGCGAUCCGGCCAAUCGAAAUCAAGAAGAUAAGUGAGAGCAGGAAGGUGUUGUACCAGAACCCGGAGCCGAGGGUCCUGGAGGUGGCGCCGACGACGCCGACGACCCCGACGACAGCUGCGGCGACCUCGGGCGAGGCAGCGCCGAGGAAGAGCGUCAACGUGACGAUCAACGUCGGCAGGAAUGAGCGGAACGUCGAGGUGACGGAGCCGGCCUCGAAGAAAGCCAAGCCAGAGCGACCUAGGGUGAAGCCACCCCAGGUGGGCCACUCGCCGACGAGGCUCUCGGCGAAGGAGCGCCUCGGCGAGAAGGUGGAGGACGAGAGAGAGAGGAAGGUCGCGAGUCCAUUGAAGGGCUUUGCUGAGAGGCGCGACCUGGGGAAGGUGGACGGGGAGGGGCGUGGUCGUUCCCCGAGGCCAGGGUCCAGGACGGAGAGGAGGAGCUCGCCUCAGGUCGAGAGGCGUCCCGAACCGCCGGCUCCGCCCGCCGGGGCGAAUCAGGAGAGGAAGGUCUUCCUCGAGGAGAGGAGACGCGAACGGGAGCGGAGGAACGAGCGGUCCUCGUCUUCCUCAAGGCGAGAUGGCCAUGAGAGGGGCGAGAGAGAGUUCAGGCCUCCUCCGGGUCCCAGAGUAGAGAGGGAUAGGGAACGGGAAAGGGAGAGAGAGAGGGACAGGGAGAGAGAAAGGGAGAGGAGAGGGCGCACUCCUCCCCAGGUGUUCAAGAGGGAGGAACCGAAGGCUCCUCCGCAGCCCAGGAGAAAAGACGACGAGGAGGAGCGGAAGCGGGAAAAGAAGACCACCCGGGAGGAAAAGAAGAGGAAGAAGGAGCACAGGAGCAGGAGCAAGUCCAAGGACAGGAGGAAGCGGAAGGAGAAGAAACACAAGAAGGACAAAGAAAAGAGCGUGGAGAAGAGGAGGCACAAGGAGGUGGCUGCGCCGGGGAAGGAGAAGGUCACCCUGGUGGCGGAAGCGAAGGCCUGCUCAGGGUUCGACGUGCCUCCAGGAGUCGUUGCGGAGCCUGCGAAAAAGCAGAGGAAGAACCCUAGGCUAGUUUCCGACAGGAAGAGGAGCGUCCUGGAUGAGGCUAGCUUCGAACCGGAUUAUUCUGCUUCGGAGUCGGAUGGGGAGACGGAGGAGAAACCUUCGAUGGCCACUGCGGUGCCUUCGAUGAGUGCGCAGUCCUCUUCGGGGCCAUCUGGACCCCCGAAAAAGAUGAAACUCGACGAUGAGGCCGAGAAAGGCGCGGAUCUUGCCAAGGCCAAGAAAAGGGUUAAGUCCACCAGCUCAGAGGACGACUCGAGCAGCUCUGACAGCACCUCCAGUGACUCUGACAGCUCCGACGACUCGCAUCGAAGGAAGAGGAGGAAGCACAGAAAACAUAAGAAAAGAAAGGCUGCCAGGAAGGAGAGUUCCUCGGAGUCGGACAGCGCCAGUGAUAGCUCGGAGAGCAGCUCCGACGAGGACAAGCACAAAAGAAAGGCGAAGAAGUCAAAGGCCAAAAGCAAACAGGCCAAGAAGAAGAAGAAGAACAAACACAAAUGACGACGUUAAGGAGGCGGGGAACGUGCCGGUUCAAUAACUCUGGUGACGUGGGCUCUUGGUGGGUCGAGGGGUUCAUAGGUGUUUCGUUUGUUAUUUAAUCGUGCCCUGGGGUGUGUGCGGCGAGGCCUGGAUAACUCCAGGAGGGAGCAAAGUUCACCAUAGUGCAGUUCAGUGUGCUCCAAGAGGCAUCAAGCUUCAGUGCAUAAGGUAUGUGUACAAUUGGACACGCUCCGGUGAGAUCCCAGUGUUUUACGUUGCACCUCUAGGUCCCGGGUGGAAGUUGAUGUCCGACCUCUUCUCAAAGAAUUCUGAGAGGCAGAGUUAUAGGAUCAAUGGCCAUUUUCCAAUCCAACAUGUCAAACCACAGAAUUUGAUUCUCAGGAGGUUAUGCUGGUUGUAGACUUUGGUCUGGGACGAACAAAUCUCAGCUCCUGAGCGAUGCUGGUCAAGUGUCAUGUCAACGACUUGUCAAUAGUGACAGCGAUGUUCCAAUUCCAAACCGGGACCGAAAUAGUGACCGGGCAUGGCCCUGCACAGUGGUUGAGUGGUAUCGAGACCUCGACUACUUCAUGGGCUACGACGAAGUGAAAUUUAGUUUGAGAACGAGGUUAGGUAACCAGUGGGAAAAAUCACAGCUUAGCAAUUACAGUUCUUUUUCUUGUCAGAAGUGACCCUUUCUAAGAGAUUGUGACAACGUGGGUGUUCGCUAUUUGGCGCUUUUGUUUGUUUGAUGAGACUCGCAGUUAAUAGCUGGUAAAUGUGCAGCCUGGCCACUCUGGAGACAGUCGAGGCUGUCGGUGUUCUUUACACCGACAGGGACCGAGACUGUUGGAUUUGAACCAUAAGAAACGUGUUAUAUUGUACUUUCGUAAUGUAAUGUCAAUAUAUAGAAAGGUAGUCAUAUAAUAAAUAGAAUUAAAGUUAUUCUUAACGA